UAUCCUAUUUGUUCGGUUUAGUAGAAGCAGUGAUAUGUGGAGGAAAGUGAAGAACACCAAACUUCAAUGGCUCCUCUCUCUCUUUGUUUGAAGCCAUUGACAUCUUCCCCCCUCAAUUUCUCACUCUCUCCAAACCUCAAAAUCCCAGAAAAUUACAGUAAUAAUAGUAACAGUAUUAAUGUCAGAGGCGGAGAAUUAAAGCCCAUAAUUAUCACCGGCAACCCUCCUACUUUCGUCUCCGCUCCUGAUCGCCGUAUUAUCGCUGUGGGCGAUUUGCAUGGAGAUUUGUCUAAGGCAAGAUGGGCGCUCAACAUGGCAGGAGUCUUGAGUUCAGAUGGUCGAGACAUUUGGACUGGUGGCGAGACGGUGUUGGUACAACUUGGAGACAUACUUGAUCGUGGGGAGGAUGAAAUAGCAAUCUUUUCAUUGUUGCGGUCACUGGAUAUCCAGGCAAGAGUAGAAGGGGGAGCUGUCUUCCAGGUUAAUGGAAAUCAUGAAACCAUGAACGUAGAAGGUGAUUAUAGAUAUGUUGAUUCAGGGGGAUUUGACGAGUGCACAGAUUUCCUGGAUUACCUGAACGAGUGUAAUCACAACUGGGAAAAAGCUUUCAUUGAAUGGAUUGCUGUCUCAGAGAGGUGGAAAGAUCGUAGAAAAUCCCAAAAUUAUUUUGAUCCUUGGAAUCUGGUGAAGAGGCAGAGGGGAGUUCUUGCCCGGUCAGUCCUCCUUCAACCAGGAGGUCGACUUGCUCGUGAAUUAGCACGGCAUCCAAUUGUACUUAAAGUUAAUGAUUGGAUCUUUUGUCAUGGCGGACUUCUUCCUCAUCACGUUGGUUACGGCAUAGAGAGGAUGAACAAAGAUGUUUCCCGUUGGAUGAAUGGUGAACAUGGCGAUGACACUGCACCUCUUCUCCCUUUCAUUGCCACCAGGGGAUAUGAUAGUGUUGUUUGGAACCGCUUAUACUCGAGAGAUACUUCAGAUUUGCCGGACUAUCAGAUUGACCAGAUACACGGACUUCUCGAGGAAACAUUACAAGCUGUAGAUGCUAAGGCUAUGGUGGUGGGUCAUACCCCUCAAACUUCUGGGGUGAAUUGUGAAUACAAUUGUAGCAUAUGGCGCAUUGACGUAGGGAUGUCUAGUGGAGUUCAUGAUUCAAGGCCAGAGGUUUUAGAAAUAGACGGCGGCAAAGCAAGAGCAAUUAGGAGCCAAGGCGAUGCGUCCAAUGAAUUACAGGUCCUCAGUUACAUAUAGAACAGAAAAAGGCAUGCAGGAAAGCAAGGAGUGAUAAUUAUCCAAGUAAUAUGUACAUGUUGCUAGUUGUGCAACAAUGUCGGGACUCGGGAUUAGUUUGAUUAAUUUGGCCAAUCUCGUCAAGUCUAAGCCAUUGUGUGUGUAUAUAUGUGUCUCUUCUUUAAUACUUCACUUAUUACAUGAAAUUGCAUUGUCUAUUGAGAAUAAUUGCUUCGGUCCUGUGGAAGAUCAGAAUAUUGUUGUUCA